AUGAUUCGUAGAGAUUCUGGUGAAAUGUAAUAACAUGCUUUUAGCUAACCUAAUUUCAGCAAAUCAACUAAAGAUAUUCAAUCUUCAAGAAAAGAAUAUUUAUUCUAAAAAUUACCUUCUUUAGAUUCUACUUAGACUAAUAAUUUUUCAUAAGUUAAGAAAGGUGGUUCUGCUAAAUUCAUAGAAACAGAUAGAGUAGAUACAGCAUAGAAACCUCUUACACCUUAGCAGUAAAAAAAGAAAAUAAAUUAAACAAAAUAAAUUGAGGAGACCACUUAAUUUGAUCUUGGUUCUAGUCGACAUUUUCAAAGAUUAUUCACUAUAAAAAAUCAUACUAAAUCAUCUACUGGCAGUGUAAAAACUUAAAGAGAAGAUAACACAAGUAUUAUUACAAAUCAAAUUCCAUAAAGAAAAUCCAAUUAUCACCAUACUUAAUAAAUUUUAUAAUCAUAAUCCUAAGUUUAAUAAUAACAAUGUCCAUUUUCAUCUGGUAAAUCAAUCAAAGACAUAAUAUCAUCAUUUAAAGAUAAAAAGUAAUUAAUUUAAUUUAUUAUAGACCAAAAAAUGGCAUCACUCGUCAUAGUGAAUUUGAAAAAAUGGAAGGUUUGGAUGAUUAUACCAAAGAAUUAAAUUCCAUUUUAAAUAAUGAUGAUCUUAUUGGACCUAUUCUAAGAGAAGUUAUUGAAAUGAAAGGAGUAAUUAAAUCAAUAAUAGAUUUAAGUAAUGGUAAUAAACUUACUUAUCAUUUUGAAACUUUAAAACAAUUACAUUCAACUCUAAAUAUAACUGAUUAAAUGUUCAAUAGAUUCAAAUAUCUCUAUCUUAAAUAUUUAAUUUAAUUGAAGAUAAAUAUAGAGACAGUAUUUAAAUGUGCUUAAACAGUUGAAUUCUAUAGAGGAGCCAUAGUUACUUAAGUAAAUUCCCUAUAUUAUAAAAUAGUCUCGUUCUAUAUAAAAUGUUAAAGAUAAUAUUAGAACUAUAGCUAAAAAUAUGUACAGUCAAAUCUUUGAAGAUUUCUCUCUAAGUCCUCUAUUUAAAGGAACUAAAUAAGAAGAAUAAGCAAUUAAAUUCAGUAGAAUUUUUGGUUUCAUUUUGGGAUCUGCUGAAUCUACAAAUUUUGUAAUGGAUUCCAUGAGAGAUUUUCAUAAAGCAUUUGAAAUUACAUCAGUUUAAUACUCCAUUUUUAAAUACUAUUUAUCAGGUUCAUUAUCAAAACAUACUCAAAAAGAGGUUGUUUGGUAUGUUUUAGAAUAAACUGAUGCUUAUAAAGCAGCUGUUAUCAAUUAAGAUAGUAUAAAAGAUUUAGUAUACAAAUAAUAAGGAAUAGAUAAUUUUACAAGUGAAUUUAUCAAAUUAUGUUAAUAAGAUUAACUAAUUAAUAAGAAUUUCAUUCAUAAAGUUGGAUAUGAUCAAUUUGUAGAACACUCUAAAUAUUUUUUACAUUAUGCUUUCAAUAAAUAAAAUAAUUGUUUUACACUUGAUGAUCUGUAAUCAUUUCAUUGUUAACAUUCAAUUAAUCAUAAUCUAUAUUAAAGUAUCAAGGAAAAAAUGAUGAUUUUAUUAUCUAGAUUGAAUCCAUAAAGAAUAAUAUUCUAAGAUUUUGAAGAUGAAUAUGAUUUGAUACUUCCUUAUAUAACAAAUUAAAAAUUGCCUUGUGAUAUUGUAGGCUAAUAGAGAUUAUGUGAAUUCGUUCCUAUACUAUCAGAUGAAUUAAAAUCAAAUGUUGAAAUUAAGAACAUUUUUGAUAGCAAUGAUGUAAAUGUAAAUAAGAUAGUUUUAAAAAAAUUUGAAUAUUUAUUAUCAGGUAGAAAAUAUUUUAAAAGAUCUGACAUUUAAGCUAUUCAUUCAAGACUCAAAAUAAGUGAACAUUUAUUUGAAAAAUUUGUCCAUCUAGUUGAAAAAGCUAUAAGGCAAUAUGAUACUUCAUUAUUCUGGAUGGUGGACGCAAUAAAGCUCUGGAAAUAUAUUAUUAUCACAGUUUGA